AUGUCUACAAUGACGCUGCAGAUUUGCCCAAGCUUGUCGAAGGUCUCGAGCAUCUGUUGGAGUCUGACCUCUGUGUCUAGGCUUGGAUUGCUUAUACUGGAUCUCCAAGAAGACCACGCUGGUGUUCUUCUCAAGGUAUCUGACCCUGUCAUCGACGGCUACCAUGCGACUGUCAAGGCUGAGUCCACAAUCAUGACCUUGUCCAAGUCGCAGAAUAAACACAGCCAUCUCUACACCAAAGCAAUGCCUCUCAAUGAGGAACUCACCAAGGAAAUCGAGGCUGGUACCGUCAACUCCCGUGACGAUGUCAUCGAUGCAAGGAAGAUCUGGUGUUUCGGUCCCGAUACCACUGGCCCCAACUUGCUCAUUGAUGUUACCAAUGGUGUGCAGUACCUUAAUGAAAUCAAGGACUCUGCCUUCCAGUGGGCAACCAAGGAAGGUGUCUGUGCUGAGGAGAACAUGUGUGGUAUCCAUUUCAAUGUCCUUGAUCUGCACGCUGAUGCUAUCCAUCAUGGCGGUGGACAAAUCAUUCCUACGUGCCAUCGUGUCUGCUACGCUGCAUGUUUGCUUGCUACCCCUGGUCUCCAGGAGCCAGUGUAUCUCGCAAGAAUGCCCAUGUUCACCAUCAAGGCGUACCUCCCCGUCAUGGAGUCCUUUGGCUUCAACAGUGAUCUCCGCUCACAGACAGCUGGUCAAGCCUUCCCCCAGAGUGACAUUGUGUUUGACCACUAG